AUGCAGAGCUGUCCUGCAUUGAACGAAAUUCGACUUGCUCACGACAUCAAGGAGUUGACAAUAGAGGUAGCUCCUCUUACCGUGUACAUUUGUUCGUGUGUCAGGUUCACGACGGCAAUGCUCUCCAUGCUCAUCGAAUAGUACUAGCAGCUCGCAUUCCGUCCUUGCGAGGGGCACUUAGUGACGUCCAUGGGGAGGGGACUUCGGUCCUAAGGUGGCCUACGGUGCCUAUCAGGUCGGUUCUUUGAUUUUACUUACCGCAUAUGCGAUUUCAUAGCCUCGCAACUACACUCGUCCAGUACGUGUACACUGGUCAAGUGGAGAUUACACAAAGUAAUGUGAAGGGCAUGGUUGUGCUUGCAAGAAUGUUGAAGCUCCCUGGCCUGGUUAACUGGGGAGUGGCGUUCAUGUCUAACAGGUACAUAUUUCUCGAUUAUCCCUAUCUAACUGCCUAUUUUAAAGAGUUAGUUUAGAAAAUCUACCAGAUACGUGGGACUUUGCCAGGUAUCUGAAUGUCGAAUUACUAGCGGAAAAGUGCAUCGGGCUGAUGAAGGCGCACUUUGAGGACAUCGUCCCAACUGAACUCUUUAUUCGCUUACCGGCCGGAACCAUGCUUAGCUUGCUUCGAAGUGAAGAUUUGUCUGUGGCAUCUGAGGAGCAAGUUAUUGCGGCUAUCGCACGGUGGGCAAGUGCUGGCGACGAAGCUGCUGCUGACGAUGAUGAGAAGUUAAGACUGCACAUUCCGGCGAUGCUGAAAGAGGUGCAGUGGCACCUUACGAGCAUCCAAUGCCGCGAUCGCGUAAAGGAGAGCUACCCAACACUGCAGAAAAGCCCUGAAUGUCUGUAAGUACAGGGUGUUUCAUCCUUGUUAUGCUUUACUUAAAAGUCAACUUAUGCUUCAGGUUGAGAACUGGAUUGGCGCUUCAGAUAAGGGCAAGUCGCCCUGUCCAUUCAACCUCAGGCCAGGCAAGACGUCCUUGUCCUUUGGAGCAGACACUCAUCAGACAGUCUUCCUGUUUGGAGUAAACAAAACUCGAGACGGGUUCUCUGUCCUCCGGGUCGAUCCACAGCACCAGCAGGUAGAACGCGUCGCUGACAUGAGAGAGCCCCGGUACGCCUCCUACAGUGUCGUGGGCGGUGAGUGGCCGGCCAGUUAUGCUGCCUUCCCAGCGCAGACUGACUUUUACUUCCGUUUUAUUGAUAUCCACUGCCUCUGGGCGCAGCACCAGAACACAUUUGCCAUGGGCAUAGGGAUUCCAAGCUCUUGAGGAUGUUCAUUGCAUCAGCUGCAUUUUAUGUCUUGAAAUAAAAAAUAAAGUGUGAAUUAGACGCUUUGGCAAGUAAAUGUUUUCGCCUUGAUCGGCGCCUGCUUGCAGCCAUUUUAGUCAGACGGCAGAUCUGACAGUUAUUGGGUGCAAAGUCUCUUGACCCUCAGCGGGAAGCUUAUUGCAUUACUUUUUUUCUCCCCACCAUCCCCCCCCCCACACGGAAGAGAGCAUUUUCGUUGUUGGAGGAGGAGUGUUUGGCUCAAAGUCAAAUGUUGAUGAAUUUCUGGCGAAAGAAGGACGUUGGCGCGAACGGGCGCCCCUCACGGCUGGACGCGGGUGCCACGCAGCCGCAGUCGUCAAGGUUCCCGCCGCCACCAAAAAGGUAGGAGAGACGCUGAUUUGCAUUUUCGGUGGAUACAGCGGAGUUUCACGACUUUCCUCUUGUGAAGUCUAUGAAAUCAGUCAAGACAGGUGAGAAGGCGCUCGUCGCGGCCCCUUUUUUGCCAGAAAAACUUCCCUUUACUCGCUCAUUCACCCGCCUGCCCGUCCCGCCCAAACAGAUGGCAUAAAUUGCCCAGUCUGCCGGAGGAGAGGACCAGUCCAGCUGCUGCCAGUUUGCCCGGCGACAAUCGGGUCUUCAUUUUUGGCGGUUUCGACGGCUCCUCCGGGCUUGCUUCCGUGGUAUUCUGCCACCUGCGAGCAGACUGGCGGAAGAAGGCGAUCUCCGCGCGCACGACUGACUUCUGGCAGCCAGCUGCCCUCAUGAGAACUGCACGACACGCCCUCGCAGCAGCACCCUUUCGUGGAGCAAUCCUGGUCGCCGGUGGAUUUGAUGGCAAAAAAAGUUUAAGUGCUGUGGAGAUGUUUACGCCACCAGACGCUAGGUGUCCCCACGGCCAGUGGACACAGCUGGCUGACAUGAAUCAGCCUCGCUGGGGGUUCAUUCUUCUCGCCUUCGCUAACGCCGUCAUUGCUCUCGGCAACAGUAAUGCAGUACACAAUUAAAUGCAUUCUUUCUUUUUUGUAUUUUCUUUCAUGCAAUUUGAUGUCCCCAUCAGGCUAGCGUAUUCUUAAAAUGGCAAAUGACUUAAAAUAUCUGGCAUGUUGCCCUAGCUUCGAUUGUAAUCUGUGGCAUGACGUUUGUGGUUUUGGCCAGAUGUGGUUAUGUAGCCGCAUCUGAGGUUAACAAACACCAAGCACCUGUAAUACGGGACCAAUGGUUUUAAGACUUUUUUACAGGUGGUGUCGGGGAACGCACAAACGACGAGGUCAAAUGAUUGUAUACAAAAGAAAAGCUAUUAGACCUGUGCGGUUAUACUUUGAGUGGUUGAUAAAUAGUUGCCCUAAACUCUAACCCAAACCCCUAACUCUAACCCUUGAUUCCAACCCUUAACGGUAACCGUCAGCCUUAAACCCUAAACCCUAACGCCUAACCCCAACCCCUAACUCUAACUCUAGGCCCCAACUACUAACCCCUAAGCCCAAACCCCACUCCUAACCCUUACCCUUAACCGCAGCCCUAAACCCUAACCCCGAAACAUGCAACACGAAAGUUAGAAGGAGACGACAGGUCAAAAUUUAGGAAGGAUCACCGGCAUUGGGCCGAAAAAGGUAGACACGGCAACAAAGAAACAAGGCCGCCAACGGAACACACAUCGAAAUUCACAGAAACAUCAUAUCAAUAUAAUCAUACUAACUCAAAAUAAUUAAACAGGUCAGAAGUAUUGUGUUCAUCAGGUGCGGCUACAUAGUCACAUCUUACCGAGGUUCUUUCCUGCGAACUGCACCAUCAAAGCCAGAAGUACUCGCUUUAUUGUGAAUAUAGCCCUUUCUUUUUUCUGAUCUCUUUUCUGGUAUCAGUUAAAAAUAAUAACAUCCUUAUGAUUAUUUAAAAUUUGUAGGCGACGAUGGCCAACCGAAAAACACGGUGGAGACUCUUACAGGACCAGCAGGUUCAGACGGCUUGGGCAAUAACUUGACCACUUGGGUCUGGUCGUCCAAGAGCCCAGUGAAAACGCUUUACCAGAUUCAUGGAGCUGCAAGCCUUCGCAUGUAA